AUGCCGGUGCACAAAACUGCGUGUUACCUGGGUGUUCAGAUGUCCUACACCAUGACAGAGAAGCUGACGUUGCAACAUCGCAUGAAAGACCCCAACAUGGACCAACUGCUGCCUCCUCUGAAUGCGGAGGCCUCUACAGGUGCUACCAGCUCCUCAGCACAGAGAAGCACUCAGGAGACUCCCCAACAUGGACUGUCUCGCAAUGAUCUCACCCUGCUGAUGAGCAAAUCCUAUGGACCUACCUUGCUGCAAGCUGUGCACCAGCAGCACAUCACGAGGGGACUCUGCCCAAGCUUCAAUGCGGCCAAGCCGAUGGAGGAACUAUCGGUGCCACCCAGCUUGCAUCAAAUCAUCCUACAUGGAGAUCUGGGACUAUUGCAGAAAUCACCAAUGUUGCGUCUUUCCAUGACCCUGCACUGCCAGCUUUGCGGAGUUAGGCAACUUUCGAUGCUUGCGCAGAAGGUGGAUCAUGAGCUCUUUCUGCCAUGGACCUUUGACAUGGAAGGCAUCUUUCAUCCAGCCGUCCUCUGCGAACAUGUGAAGAUGGGCGAUGCCGAGAUCCUGGAAGCCUUCAAGGCGAUGGGGCCCCUCCUGAUGCAGGAAUCACAGACCGGGACAACCGACGUGGCCAAAUUGGUGCGCCUCAUGGGCAACAUUCUGCUGCGCCUGGACUCCGACAACCAACUGAUGAAAAAGCAAGACUCUUUCGUCUUCUUUCUUCAAACAGCCGCCCCAGCUUUGUUGCCUCACUUGAUGACGAAAGCGAAGGAGUGGCACAUGCAGAUGAAACAGAGGACCCAGGCCACAGAGGAGCUGCCGCCAUACACCCCAUUGCGUAUGGUUCUAUUUCAGGAUCUGACGAGCAUGUUGGAGGACAGAGUACUCAAGCUGUCGAAGGCUGGACAGGAGGACGAACUGUGGCAGACAGCUCUGCACCACGGCGUCAUCACAGCGGAAGGAGGCUUCCCCUUCCAACGAUGGAGUCAAAUGCAGAAGAUGUUGGUCCCGACGAAGAAAGAUCACAUCACGAUGAGCAGGAUGAUCAAGUACAUGGAGCAGCUCAAACAGAUAUCCAGCGAUCAGAAUGCCAUCCAGAAAUUUCAUGCGUUGAGACCGGCAGAAAACCAACAGACAGUCCCCUGGAUCCUUCAGACGGGCAUGAGACACGACGAACUCCAAUCCUUGCUGGAGACACUACAGGGGUCGACGGUAUGGGGGCUCAUUGGUGCAACGAUGAAGCCUCACUCACAGACGCAGAGCAAGCAAUGUCAGGAGCUACAACAAAUGUUGGGGAAGGGCAAGGGCAAACAGAAAGGGCACCCUGCGAAACCCAAAGGGCAGGGCAAACAGACCCGACCACGCUGCGAUGGAACCACCCACAAGUCAGACCUCUCAAUUGGUAUGCAUGGUGUUUUUUCGGUACCAUUUUUCACCAAUGACCGAACAGAGCUGGCAUGGAAUGACUACCGUGUGGUGGCCGCAAUUGCACACCUAGGCCCACAUCCCUUGGCAUACAAAUUGAGGAAGCACACUGAGAAUUUAGCUGCCUUCUGCGGUGGGGCCCAAUUCACAGUGCACGAUCAUUUGGCUGAUCAAGUUUUUCUGGACGAGCUACCACCCUGUUUUGGAUACACCGGACCACAUCUGACCUUCUGCGGUGGGGUUUUCUGGGUACAGAUUUUGCAGGCUUUUCAGAUCAUUCUUGAUUUGAAUAAUACAGACAACACCGAUCUGACACUGACCUUCUGCGGUGGGGUUCCCUGGCCGAGACAUCUCAACCAUUUGUGUGCAGCAGGACACACCGAUUUUUCUGCCUUCUGCGGUGGGGUUUUCAUCUCUUGCUGCUACAAUUGCGGGCGUUUUCAAUUUGGUGCAGAUAUUUUCAGUGCAACAGCAGGCAACAAUCUGAUCCUGUGGACAAGUGACACCGAUCUGUUUCUGGCCUUCUGCGGUGUGGCUCCACUACAGGUAGUACAUCUACGCACAGGUCAUUGUGGUUGCUACGCAAACUGGACAGCGACAGACCACCUUGGUGUUGCCCACGCUGAUUUUGCCUUUGUACCUGCAUUUUCAGGAUUGAGUGGCGAUUUCACUAUCCUGCCACUGCAGACAAGGCGUCAAUCAGUGCUGGAUUGGAUUUGGAUACUGCUACUGUGUUUGAUUUGCGGUGCAUUUUACAAUUUUCAACUCCUGCUGGCCAACGCUGCCCUUGAGUUUGAGCGCGCAUUUUGGAAUUUUUUCUGGACACUCAUUCUGCCGUUUUGGGAUUUUGGAAACAUUUUUGAUUGCCUUUGGAAAGUCGUCAUUGCGGAAAAAAGGACCUCUUCCACCUGUGUGCCUGAAUUGUUUCAAGAAAGAGACUGCCAACCCGGUCCCAAGUCCGGGCGUUCCUGGUGCUCAAACCUGCCUUUUCACCUUAGGAUCAGCCUGACCUUACUCUGCAUGGUUUUGAUCACUGAGAACGGGGGUGAGGGUAGUGGAUCAGUCAUGGGAUCCACUGAAAUGCCAGAUAUCUCCUUUUUGCAGAAUAUUCACCAUAUGUUUGGCGUGAAGCAACAUGACAUUGGACCACCAGCAAGCUCUGCACCCAAGAGCACCAACCUUACCGAUGUCAAGAAAAGAAGUUUGAAAAGAGCAUACAAGAGAGCCUGCCUGCAAGGCGUUGCAUGGUAUCGCGGCAGACUGUACAGACCAGAUGACUUCCAUUUCAUGCCUUCCUUCUCCGUUUCUCCUGUGACACCAGAGACUACCUCAGUUUUGCCACCGAAAGCCCUGAAUCAGUGCCAUCAAAUUCAUGGCUCAAAAUCCCGCCUCACCUGCUUGCAGUGGAAUGUUGGAGGUUUGUCCACGCAUCGACUGGACGAGAUCAAGAUUUGGCUUUCUCAACAACAAGUCCACAUAGUGACGCUGUUAGAGACAAGGUGGCAGUAUACGGGAGAGUGGCUUGACUCACAAUGGAUCCAUGUGCAUUCAGGUAGUUUGGAAGACCGUGGAAUGGGUAUUCUCACUCUGAUUUCACGCAAGCUCUGCCAACCCCAUGCCUUGCGUUGGACUGAAGCCAUUGUAGGUCUUGUACCGGUGCUGGAGUAUUCAGAGCAUGGCAUCACCUUGCCCGCUAUGCAAGCCUCAGAAGGCAACAUCGCAGGUUUGCUGCUCAGAUCAGGUCGAACUAAUCAUUCUGCCUUAGCACAGCACGGUAUUCCCACGCCACUGCAGCAAUUGCGAGCUGCUGCCAAGCAACUUUUGCAGUCCACCACUCAACGCAUGACCACAUUGCAGGAAGAUGAUAUCGCCUUGCAACUACCCUGGGGACAUUUGUCUGAGCUGGUUGCCAAGCUGGAACACACUCAGGAACUGAGUCCACCGCCUGUUGUCUUGUACUCCGGACCCUGUGCAGUGGAGCCCUACACAGCCCUUGGUGCCAAAGCUUACAUGACUGGAACGGCCUUGGCUGCCGGUGAACUAGCUGUCCGAAGCCCAAACAUGUUGCCUGAAUCAGAGCUUGGAAAUUUGAGACGUGCCCCUUUUGGACCUGCACUCUGUCAGAUCCUGGAAACCAGGGAUUGGAACAGACUGGAAACCUUGCCAGAAGCAUGUCAUUACAUGGCCAAAAGAUGUAUUCUUUGUGGACUGCACUACAACCGUGUGCAGGAACUGAAUGCCCAUUUCCGUACCAUGCAUGGCCAAUAUUGGGAAGGUGUUCCUCAACGUGCAGUGUACAUGUCCAACACGUGGGCUACAGAAAGACCCUGUCCAUUUUGUGGGGCGUUGUUCAAGUCUCAUCUUUGCCCGGUCUGGGUUCAGGUCACGGUCCUCCUCCUUUUUGGAGCUGCUGCGCCCCCUGAUGAAUCGCAGCCUGAGGCCAAUAACCCUGGACUGCGUUGUGAAGUUUGUCUUGAAAGCUUUGAGACCUUAGCCAGUCUUACUGAGCACCUACAAAGUGAGCAUGCACUCCAGGGCAUGGCGUUCAAUGUGGCCAGGGACAGUGUGGCAGGCAGCCCAGCGUGUGCCCAUUGCGGCAUUUUAUACGACAACUUGUCCAGUCUUCGUUCACACAUAAACCAGGGCAGAUGUUUGCAAUUCCGGCCGGACGCAACAGCCGAGUCCUUGCCAAUCCGACCAGACUGGGUGCAGGCCUGUGUUGAGGGCCAAAUGAAGAUUGUGUUAGGCAAUGCUCAGUCUCGCAUGGCCUUGCAGCUUGCAAUGAUUUUCCACAAGAUGGACAACAAGUUAUUUGCUCCUUUUCAGGCCAGUGAGUAUGCCUUGAACCUGAUUUUGUCCACUGCCUUGGACCGCCACACCAGAUUGAUGUUUGAACAGAUCGCCAUUCAGCAUCAGUACGAGCGCCUUUGGCAGGACCAGCAAUGCUUGACCACCAUGCGCACCCAAUGUUUGCUUUGCGGAUGUGAAUGUGCACCCAGCGCAAUGCCACAGCACUUGCGGGAGGUGCAUCCAUGCAAUCAACUUGCCAUGACUUUCUACAUGACACUGCUGACUUCAUUGAUGAUGGAGCAACAGCUGAUUGAUCAUCAGUGCUAUGCAUGCCUGCAGAUUUUCAAUUUGCCGGCUGCUUCAGAUGCCGCACCAGAUCCAGCACGCAAGCAUUUGGCUCAGUCUCACUUGCUGCACAACUGCCCCAAUUUGCUGCAAGUGGCAUUGUUUUUAACGGGCUUGCUUCAUGACGGACGACUCCUUGAUGACCAAUACGGACUUACUGGCCCAGCAGCAAGUCCUGGAAACCUUCAAGGGGCUGGCACCGUGGCCCAGACACCUCAGCUACAGCAGCUGAACGCCCUGGUUCAGCAACUGGCGCUCCUGGUUCUUCGUCACGAUCGAGAACUCAACCAGAGCCGUCGAGCAGACAGCUUCGUUCUUUUUUUCAACCGAGACCCAAAGAGCGGCUUGCAGGGGCUGAUUCAGGCAACGCAGACCUGGCAGGAGCAGCGCAAGUCAUCAACGAUACCGAUGAUGACGCUGAGACAACACCUGACCCAGUGCUUGUUCCAAGAUCUCUUGGUGAAGGUGAUGAAGAUCGCAGAAGCCAAACCAGAGGACCCACUCCACAUUGCUUCAGUGCAGAGUCAGCUGAUCGACGGAGAAGGGAAUUGGCCGUUCCUGGAAUGGGAUCCCAAAGCCAAACAAUUGGUGGUCAGCUCCAAGCCUCCAAUCAGUAUGACGCUGAUGACCAGACAUGCACAACAGCUUGUGGAGAUGUUCAAGAACCCGGACCUGGUGCUCUGCUUUCGGUCCUUGCAGACCAGUCAGGAUGCUCCGAUCUGCCCAUGGAGGCUGCAGCUUUGUCCCCGAGAGGAUCAGGAGUGGGAGCUUCUGAACAGGCUCUCCCGCAGCAGCGUGUGGGCAAAGGCAGACUUCGACCCCCAGCCAGUCCUCAGACGUCGACAUGAGACCUCCAUUGGCUAUGAUGCUUCGGAAUUUGCGACUGCUGUGUUGUCGUGGCUGUGUGCACCAGCGAUCAACAUGACCUGGGAGCGCCGAGUGGAAGAAAUGGAAUGUAUUCAUGCACAUGACCGUGGUGAUGCCUUCAUGCCCAUUACACUUUCAUUUCCAGCCACACAUGUGCACCUGCCUGACACACUUUACACGUUGACACAUCUCAUGCGCUUGUGGAUGCAAGUUGAUGGAAUGAUUGCUGCCUUGACGCAGGCGCCUCAAUGCAUAUGCCUUCAUUUGGACCGUUUCUAUGAUGCCGAGGACACCAUUUUGAAGAGCCAGUGCCUUAUUGAUAUGGAAGCUGGGUGUGAUGUUCCGGUAUUCAUUGACCACUCCCAAAGAAGGGAAUUUGUCAGCUAUGUAUUGCUCUCUGCAACGGCACACCUUGGCAAUGUGAAGGGAGGUCAUUAUCAGGCAGUGCUGAAAACCAGACCGGCAGUCCAGCAGAAUGGACAGCCAAUGCAUUGGUUGCUGACAAACGACUCCAUGGCAGCCCAACCGAUAUGGCUUGUUCCAGACUGGUUUCGGCGCAAUUCCACUGUUUUCUGGUUGGCCAGGGCAGACUGCGUCCAGCUGCAUGUGUAUCGCCCCUUGCCGCAGACAGACAUUGCAGCACCUGAUGAACCAGAUCUGACCAUUGCCGCAGAUGCAGAUACAAGCACAAACGUACCAGAACGAGACAUUGGGAUGCCAAACACCACUGUUGACACUGAUGCCACGGAAUCAACAGAGAAGCCAAGCACUGCGAUUGCACCAGAGACUGACGCGACGACAGCGGCCAUCAUGGCCUUGCUCCAGGCUACCACCAUGGCUGAGCGCCAAAGGAUCAGCCUGACCUUACUCUGCAUGGUUUUGAUCACUGAGAACGGGGGUGAGGGUAGUGGAUCAGUCAUGGGAUCCACUGAAACGCCAGAUAUCUCCUUUUUGCAGAAUAUUCACCAUAUGUUUGGCGUGAAGCAACAUGACAUUGGACCACCAGCAAGCUCUGCACCCAAGAGCACCAACCUUACCGAUGUCAAGAAAAGAAGUUUGAAAAGAGCAUACAAGAGAGCCUGCCUGCAAGGCGUUGCAUGGUAUCGCGGCAGACUGUACAGACCAGAUGACUUCCAUUUCAUGCCUUCCUUCUCCGUUUCUCCUGUGACACCAGAGACUACCCCAGUUUUGCCACCGAAAGCCCUGAAUCAGUGCCAUCAAAUUCAUGGCUCAAAAUCCCGCCUCACCUGCUUGCAGUGGAAUGUUGGAGGUUUGUCCACGCAUCGACUGGACGAGAUCAAGAUUUGGCUUUCUCAACAACAAGUCCACAUAGUGACGCUGUUAGAGACAAGGUGGCAGUAUACGGGAGAGUGGCUUGACUCACAAUGGAUCCAUGUGCAUUCAGGUAGUUUGGAAGACCGUGGAAUGGGUAUUCUCACUCUGAUUUCACGCAAGCUCUGCCAACCCCAUGCCUUGCGUUGGACUGAAGCCAUUGUAGGUCUUGUACCGGUGCUGGAGUAUUCAGAGCAUGGCAUCACCUUGCCCGCUAUGCAAGCCUCAGAAGGCAACAUCGCAGGUUUGCUGCUCAGAUCAGGCGCCUGGAGUCCCGUUCACGGUCUCCGACCUUGCAGCAGCUCUGAGAAGCAUACCAUUGCACCGUGCGGUAGCCAUGCCAUUUGCCCCUGGCAUUGCCUGGCGUCCACAGUUGGUGGAAUGUUUUACUCCUAUGCUGAUUUGGAGUUUCUGUUACAAGCUUUUGGCAUUUUACUGGACACCUUGCGUGAGUUUUCUCUCAAACUGAAUGCUAAGAAGUCUGCUGCACUCUUAGCAGUAGCGGGUCGAACUAAUCAUUCUGCCUUAGCACAGCACGGUAUUCCCACGCCACUGCAGCAAUUGCGAGCUGCUGCCAAGCAACUUUUGCAGUCCACCACUCAACGCAUGACCACAUUGCAGGAAGAUGAUAUCGCCUUGCAACUACCCUGGGGACAUUUGUCUGAGCUGGUUGCCAAGCUGGAACACACUCAGGAACUGAGUCCACCGCCUGUUGUCUUGUACUCCGGACCCUGUGCAGUGGAGCCCUACACAGCCCUUGGUGCCAAAGCUUACAUGACUGGAACGGCCUUGGCUGCCGGUGAACUAGCUGUCCGAAGCCCAAACAUGUUGCCUGAAUCAGAGCUUGGAAAUUUGAGACGUGCCCCUUUUGGACCUGCACUCUGGCAGAUCCUGGAAACCAGGGAUUGGAACAGACUGGAAACCUUGCCAGAAGCAUGUCAUUACAUGGCCAAAAGAUGUAUUCUUUGUGGACUGCACUACAACCGUGUGCAGGAACUGAAUGCCCAUUUCCGUACCAUGCAUGGCCACUAUUGGGAAGGUGUUCCUCAACGUGCAGUGUACAUGUCCAACACGUGGGCUACAGAAAGACCCUGUCCAUUUUGUGGGGCGUUGUUCAAGUCUCAUCUUUGCCCGGUCUGGGUUCAGGUCACGGUCCUCCUCCUUUUUGGAGCUGCUGCGCCCCCUGAUGAAUCGCAGCCUGAGGCCAAUAACCCUGGACUGCGUUGUGAAGUUUGUCUUGAAAGCUUUGAGACCUUAGCCAGUCUUACUGAGCACCUACAAAGUGAGCAUGCACUCCAGGGCAUGGCGUUCAAUGUGGCCAGGGACAGUGUGGCAGGCAGCCCAGCGUGUGCCCAUUGCGGCACUUUAUACGACAACUUGUCCAGUCUUCGUUCACACAUAAACCAGGGCAGAUGUUUGCAAUUCCGGCCGGACGCAACAGCCGAGUCCUUGCCAAUCCGACCAGACUGGGUGCAGGCCUGUGUUGAGGGCCAAAUGAAGAUUGUGUUAGGCAAUGCUCAGUCUCGCAUGGCCUUGACGCUGCAUUGCCAACUCUGUGGGGUGCAUUACGCCAGUGAGUAUGCCUUGAACCUGAUUUUGUCCACUGCCUUGGACCGCCACACCAGAUUGAUGUUUGAACAGAUCGCCAUUCAGCAUCAGUACGAGCGCCUUUGGCAGGACCAGCAAUGCUUGACCACCAUGCGCACCCAAUGUUUGCUUUGCGGAUGUGAAUGUGCACCCAGCGCAAUGCCACAGCACUUGCGGGAGGUGCAUCCAUGCAAUCAACUUGCCAUGACUUUCUACAUGACACUGCUGACUUCAUUGAUGAUGGAGCAACAGCUGAUUGAUCAUCAGUGCUAUGCAUGCCUGCAGAUUUUCAAUUUGCCGGCUGCUUCAGAUGCCGCACCAGAUCCAGCACGCAAGCAUUUGGCUCAGUCUCACUUGCUGCACAACUGCCCCAAUUUGCUGCAAGGGCUGGCACCGCUGCUUGGCACAGCGCAAUUGGCCCCAAACCCAAGAGAGCCAAAACGCAGCAAACGCCAUCACGACAAAGCCGGCAAUGCAGCCCAGCCGACAAUGCAGGUGGCCCAGCCACCUCAGCUACAGCAGCUGAACGCCCUGGUUCAGCAACUGGCGCUCCUGGUUCUUCGUCACGAUCGAGAACUCAACCAGAGCCGUCGAGCAGACAGCUUCGUUCUUUUUUUCAACCGAGACCCAAAGAGCGGCUUGCAGGGGCUGAUUCAGGCAACGCAGACCUGGCAGGAGCAGCGCAAGUCAUCAACGAUACCGAUGAUGACGCUGAGACAACACCUGACCCAGUGCUUGUUCCAAGAUCUCUUGGUGAAGGUGAUGAAGAUCGCAGAAGCCAAACCAGAGGACCCACUCCACAUUGCUUCAGUGCAGAGUCAGCUGAUCGACGGAGAAGGGAAUUGGCCGUUCCUGGAAUGGGAUCCCAAAGCCAAACAAUUGGUGGUCAGCUCCAAGCCUCCAAUCAGUAUGACGCUGAUGACCAGACAUGCACAACAGCUUGUGGAGAUGUUCAAGAACCCGGACCUGGUGCUCUGCUUUCGGUCCUUGCAGACCAGUCAGGAUGCUCCGAUCUGCCCAUGGAGGCUGCAGCUUUGUCCCCGAGCGGAUCAGGAGUGGGAGCUUCUGAACAGGCUCUCCCGCAGCAGCGUGUGGACCCUCCUAGGGACAAUGCUCAAACCACAUGCUCUGAAUCAAUGCGGCCUGGCGGACACGAUCCAACACACCAUGGGACAUCAGCCGAAGCAUGGGAAGGGCAAAGGCAGACUUCGACCCCCAGCCAGUCCUCAGACGUCGACAUGA